AUGAGCAAAGCCUUGACCUUUCUCGGAACGAGUUCAGGUGUGCCAACGCCAUUGCGGAAUGUGAGCUCUUGUGGAGUGCAGUUGGAGAAUGGAGAGGUUUAUUUGAUGGAUUGUGGAGAAGGAACACAACAUCAAUUGCAGAAAAGUAUUUUGAAAUCUGGUAAAAUUUCAAGAAUUUUCGUCACUCACUUGCAUGGAGACCACUGCUAUGGUUUACCUGGCUUGUUAUGCACCUUGUCAGGCAAUAAUCCGGUCACUAGAACUGUCUUGCUAAUCGUGGGUCCGUUAGGGCUCAAGAACUUUUUGAGACAAACACUUUCGUUGAGUGAUGCCCAUUUGAACUUUAGACUCGAUAUUCACGAGUUAGUACCUCCUGAUACAGAUGAAGAGGGUGUGAAAAUUUAUGAUGAGGAGCAAUGUCCUCCUCCUCUUUCUUGUGAAUACGAGUCGAGCGAAUCGACGACUGAUAAUGUUCCAAGAACAGCAGGUACCUUUAUUUAUUUGAACAAGGAAACUAAUUCCUAUCCUGUUUUUGAUCUAUCCAAAACCGACGCUCGAUUAACAAUACAGGCAGCCCCCAUUUUGCAUCGAGUAUUUUGUGUAGGCUAUGUUUUCACAGAGAAUGAUAAACCUGGAACUUUGGACAUGGAGAAAUGCAAACAACUAGGAGUUCCAAAAGGGCCCCUUCUUGGACAACUCAAGAAUGGAAAAGAAGUUACAUUAGAAAAUGGUGUCACUGUGAAACCAGAAGACGUAGUUGGACCAACCAUUAAGGGUAAAAAACUUGUCAUGCUUGGAGAUACUCAUGAUCCAAAAGGAAUUUCACAAAUUGCCAUGAAUUGUGACGUCAUUGUUCAUGAGAGUACUUUGGAGGAUGGAAUGCAAGAAAUGUGUAUCGAUAGAGGUCAUUCCACACCGAGCAUGGCAGCCAAAUUUGCGUUAUCCCUUAAUGCUCGAAGAUUGAUUCUUACUCAUUUCUCUGCUCGAUACGUCGAAGAAGGAAAAACUGAUUUGCAUGAAAAUGAGGUUUCUGUUUCUCUUCUCAAACAGCAAGCGCAGGCUAUUUUCCCUAAUGUGGACUUGGCUUCCGAUUUUGCGACAUUCACCAUUUAA